AUGGACGAAAAGACGAGCCAUGCCGGCCUGAGGUCCAAUUCCUCGACGGAGGGAGAGCCGGAGCAUCUACAGGCCCCACACAGGAAGAGACUCGGCGCCGGGGAGCCAGACAUUGACCAUGACGAGAUUGAGGCUAUUAUUCCCGGCCACGAACUCGAUGUCGAGCUGGGAAAGCAGGGCAUCAACCCCGACGAGCUCACCAGGAUUGAGACGCGCGGCAGCGUCAAGAGCAAGGUCUCCCGCGUCCUCAGCGCCGUGAGCCGGCGGUCAAAGAAGGAGCGGAUGCCCUUCCAGCCACUCCCGACGUCCAACCUGGAUGAAGGCAUCGUCGGCUGGGACGGCCAGGACGAUCCGGAUAUGCCGUACAACUUCGCUCAACGCAAGAAGUGGCUGAUCGUCGGCCUGCUAGCGGCCGCAACGCUGGUCACGCCGUUCGCGUCGUCCAUCCUGUCGCCCGGCAUUGCGGCCCUCGACAAGGACUUCGGCAACGAGAACACCACCCUCGGCGCCAUGACCGUCAGCAUCUUUCUGCUGGGCUACUGCGUCGGCCCGCUGUUCCUGGCUCCGCUAUCCGAGAUUUACGGCAGGAAACCGAUUUUAGGCUUUGCGAACAUGUUCUUCUGUGCCUGGCAAAUCGGCUGUGCCUUGGCGCCCAACCUUGAGUCUCUGAUUGUCUUCCGAUUCUUCUCCGGGGUAGGGGGUGCGGGCUGUAUAACUCUCGGGGCGGGAGUUAUUAGCGACGUUUUCCGUACGGACGAGAGAGGUUUCGCCAUGGGGAUCUACACGCUGGGCCCCUUAAUUGGCCCUACCGUCGGACCGCUCAUUGGGGGUUUCCUGGCGCAGACGAUCGGGUGGCGGUGGGAUUUCUGGAUCGUGCUCAUCGUGAGCGUGAUCAUCACCACCAUGACGGAGGUGUUCAACUCGGAGACCAACCCCCGCGUCCUCAUUGCGCGUAAGGUGCGUCGUCUGCAGCAGGAACUUGGCAGGGACGAUUUGCGCAGCUGCUAUGAUCCCCCAAAUGCGGAGAAGAGGAACUCGCGCAUUCUCCUGAACGGCCUCAUCCGGCCGACCAAGAUGCUCUUCCUCUCCCCCUUGGUCUUCUCUCUAUCGCUCUAUAUCGCCUUCACGUACGGUGUGCUCUACCUGCUGUUUACGACGAUACCCGUCGUCUUCGAGACCCAGUACGGCUGGAGCGUGGGCAUCACGGGGCUAGUCUACAUCUCCCUCGGCGCAGGCAACCUGGCCGGGUGGGCUGUCGUCACGGCCACGUCGGACCGGGGCGUGGUCAAGCGGACAAAGGCGAACGGCGGGGUGUUCGAGCCCGAGAUGCGGUUGCCCAUCAGCAUCUACUUUGGCUUCUUCCUACCCAUCACCUUCUUCUGGUACGGCUGGUCGACCUACUACAAGACCCACUGGAUCUCCCCUGUACUGAGUCUGUUCCCCUUUGCCUUCGGCCUCAUCGGCCUCUUCCUCCCCAUCCUGACUUACCUGGUGGACUGCUACCCGAUGUACGCCGCGUCGGCGGUCGCUGCCAACACGGUGCUCCGGAGCCUUGUUGGGGCUCUGCUGCCGCUCGGUGGGCCUUCGAUGUAUCAGAACCUGGGGCUGGGAUGGGGGAACUCUUUGUUGGGCUUCAUCUGCGUGGCCAUGAUCCCGGUUCCCAUGCUCAUUUACAGGUUCGGAGCAAGAUUGAGAAAAGCUGAGCGAUUGGAACUGUAA